CUCCGACAUUGAACCAAAAAAAGGGGGGGGGGAACCAACGAAGGUCUGCACCGCUCGUCUCGAGUAGGGACGGCUGAAGGGGGCUGCGUCGGACCGUGAGUGGCGGUCGUCCGGUUAACGCGCAAGGAUGGCGGCUGUAGUGAACUAUUCCCCUCCGUGGUGGGUGAAUCUGCUCCACCGGUUGCCGCAUUUCAACCUCCAGUUUGAGCCGGUGAGCAGUGACUUCAGACCGGAGGAUUCCGAAUAUCAGAAAUCUGUGUUGCUGCUAGGUGCUGUGGCUUUGGUGUGUUUGGGCCUAGACCUCCUUUUCCUCCUCUUUUACUCUUUUUGGCUCUGCUGCCGACGGCGCAAGAGUGACGACUCGCACUCCCAUUCACAUUCCCAGCAGCCUAGUGCCGACUGCUGCUGCACCGCCUGGUGUGUCAUCAUCGCCACGCUCGUCUGCAGUGCUGGCAUUGCAGUAGGCUUUUAUGGCAACGGGGAGUCAAGUGAUGGAGCCAGUCGGCUGGCCUACUCUCUGCGUCAUGCCAACCGCACCGUGGCAGGUGUGGAUAAACUGGUGACGGACAGUGCCCAAGCCUUGAACCAGACAGUGGACGAGGGCCUGGUCCAGUUGGAAACCGUCUACAAGGAGCAGACAGACUAUGUGGCCAUUGUUCAAAAGCUGCAGGGCCAGCUGGAUGAGCUGGUCAGGCUGAUGGUGGACAUCCCUUUCUGGUCCAAUACUGAAAUCUCCUUGGAGGAUCUGGCACGCAAGACUGAAACCUUCGACUGGUACAGGUGGCUUGGGUACCUGACUCUGCUGCUGUUUGAUGUGCUCAUUUGUCUCUUGGUUCUCUUUGGUCUGAUACGCAACUCUAGAGGCACUCUAAUUGGAGUGUGUCUGCUGGGGGUGCUGACUCUGGUUAUCAGCUGGGGGUCUCUCGGCCUGGAACUGACUGCCGCUGCAACGGCCAGCGAUUUCUGUGUUUCCCCGGGUACCUAUAUCACCAGAGUGACCAAGGAAAACGCUGUCAUAAACCAAGAUAUCUUGCAGUAUUACCUGAAGUGCAGCUCUGGGCAGGUUAAUCCUUUCCAGCAGAGGCUGUCAGGAAGUCACAAAGCUUUGGUAGAGAUGCAAGAUGAUGUGGCAGAGCUGCUGAGGUCAGCAACACGUGACUAUCCAAACACCAAGGGGAGUCUUGAGCAGAUCCAGUCUGUGUUAAACUCCACUGAGGUUGGUCUGCAUCAACUUACUGCUCUGGUUGACUGUCGCAGUCUUCAUAUGGACUAUGUCCAGGCAUUGACAGGGUUGUGCUAUGAUGGAGUAGAGGGGCUCAUCUACUUGGUGCUCUUCUCCUUUGUCACUGCUCUCAUGUUCUCCUCCAUUGUCUGCAGUGUGCCACACACCUGGCCUGGCAAGAGGAUGGAUGAGGAAGACGGAGAGGAAGAGUCGGGUGCCUCACGGGGCGGUGUUCACGAUAACCUGUACCGCGUUCACAUGCCCAGUCUCUACAGCUGUGGCUCCAGCUACGGUAGCGAAGCUAGCCUGCCCGCUACAGCCCACACUGUCAGCAAUGCCCCCGUCACUGAGUACAUGAGCCAGAACGCAAACUUUCAGAACCCUCGGUGUGAGAACACCCCCCUGAUUGGCAGGGAGUCCCCUCCACCCUCUUACACCUCUAGUAUGAGAGCUAAGUACCUGGCCACAAGCAGACCAGACCAGAACCGACGCUCUGUUCCCAAUGACCAACUGGACCCGGCCAGCCGGCCUCACCCCGCUGCUCGACCACAGUCGUCAGUCCACUAGAAACCUGAAUCCCACUACUGCACCCAGUACUGCCUGAAUCUAGUCCUCAGAGCCAAAAAGAAACAACUCAACAGUGGCCCAGCAGAGCCAAACAUUCAAGAAGAGCCCACCGGACCCAAAACCUUUAAUGUCCGUCUAUUCAGCACCAAUAAUACUUACUUGAAUUCAACACCUUGAAUUCAACACCUUGAAUUCACUAGAAACCCAUAUAACAAACCAGGACUCAUCAACAAAGCACCUCAGCAAACCUCAGCAGCACUUUCAAGGUCACUGAUCGAGCUCCUGUUCUGCUCUCACAUUACGGUAAAAAACAAACCUGUUCGGAGUUCACCACGCCUUCUCUCUCGCUCUCUUUCACACACGCCAUAAACGCAAUUCCAGAACUGUGUAUACUAUCGCUGGGAAAGAAGCUCAACC